AUGGGCGGGCUGGGAAACGGGUUGCGACAGGCUCCCGCCACAUCGCUCUCGCCCGAACGAAUCCAAAUCCACGGCAUCCACACAUUACGUAUUUUCUUUCUGUUCGGAGCUUUGCUUGCAUCUGGUCGGAUCGGCUACAUUUGGCAAGACAGGCUUGAAUUGGAGGAAGAAAAGGAAGACGGAGGGAAAAAGAGCAAGCAAAAAGGGAACAAAGCACGACAUGUGUCGAACAGAAAUCACCUGCAGGACGCCCGAUCGGCGAGAUUCUGCAUGUCCAUGUUCCGUACUGCAGCAUCCGCAGCGGCGGAGGAGACCCUGGACGAAAAGCGAAAAACGGCUAAAGGAAGCGCAACAACCCUGGUCGUUUUCUCAUUUUCUGCACUUCUGAUUUGA